UUCCCGCCCACUUCCCAAGGCCAGCCUAUCUGAUGGCUUCCCAGGACUUGCCUGCUUGCCGCUAUUUUUUUCCGCUCUACUCUGAGACCCUCUUUCCGCAGCUUCGUUCCUCAAGCUCCUCGUAGAAGGGCCACGUGACCCUUGAGAGCGUACUCCGUUAUUCCCAUUUGCAGGCGCCUAAAGGUGCCUCCUGAGGGAUGACGUAUAAUUAGCGCGCCGCCUUCGGAAGGACCUGCCUCCGCUUCCAUCGCGUUCCAACGCCGGCUUCUCUUGCCAGGCACGUGUGCUGCUGAAUGGAGCUGGUCGCUGGCAGCUACGAGCAGGUCCUGUUUGGGUUCACAGUACAACGCGGGCCCGCGAGGAGUGGCCAGCGGGAGACAUGGACCCCUGUGGCUGACUUCACUCACCAUGGGCACACUGCCUCCCUGUCAGCCAUGGCAGCAAACAGUCGCUAUGUAGUCACCGGCAGCAAAGAUGAAACAAUUCACAUUUAUGACAUGAAGAAGAAGGUAGAGCAUGGAGCUCUGGUGCAUCACAGUGGCACAGUAACUUGCCUGAGAUUCUAUGGCAGCCGGCACUUAAUCAGUGGAGCAGAAGAUGGGCUCAUCUGUGUCUGGGAUGCAAAGAAAUGGGAAUGCCUGAAGUCCAUUAAAGCUCACAGGGGUCAUGUGACUUUCCUUUCUAUCCACCCAUCUGGCAAGUUGGCUCUGUCUGUUGGUACUGAUAAGACAUUGAGAACAUGGAAUCUUGUAGAGGGAAGAUCAGCUUUCAUAAAAAAUAUAAAGCAAAAUGCUCACAUAGUGGAGUGGUCCCCAAGUGGAGAGAAGUACGUAGUUGUUGUGCUGAACAAAGUGGACGUCUAUCACCUGGACACGGCGUCUGUGAGCGGCACCAUCACAAGUGGAAAGAGGGUCUCCUCUGUCACAUUUCUCUCAGACUCUGUCCUUGCAGUGGCCGGAGAUGAAGAAGUUGUAAGGUUUUUUGACUGUGACUCCCUAGUUUGCCUCUGUGAAUUUAGAGCUCAUGAAAACAGGGUAAAAGACAUGGUCAGCUUUGAAGUCCCAGACCAUCACGUUCUUGUCACAGCAUCAAAUGAUGGCUUCAUCAAAAUGUGGACACUUACGCAGGAUAAGAAAGAUCCCCCAUCUUUGCUCUGUGAGGUCAACACUGGUGCCAGGCUGACGUGUCUCGGUGUGUGGUUAGACAGAGCAACAAAGGAAAAGGCAAGCAUCCCUCCAGCAACAGAGCCCUGUCCUGACCAACCUAAGAUGAUCAAAAAGGAAUCUGGUGACAUAAUUCAGGAAGAAACAUCAGAACCUAGCUCAGAGAAAUCUGACCUAACUGGUGACAGCAAGCAGCCAACAAAAGGGAAUAGCCCAGUGCCAGCCAAGAAGAGGAAAAUGGCAAACAUGUUGGAAAAGAAGAGAAAAAAGAAACUGUAACUCACAUGGCAAACCCCAAUUUCUCCUCCCUAGCAGAAUGUCAUUUUGACAGAAUUCCCCAUUUUAAAUAUUAUACCUAACUUUUUCCAUGUGAGAAAAAAAAAUUUCUCCUUCUGGAGAAAAUGUGCAGCUUAAAAAAAAGAACCACUUUUAGGUGGUGCUUUGUUUUGUUAAAUGAUAAAGUUAUUUUGGCAGAUGGCAUUUUAUUAUAUAUUGUAGUAUAUAGUGAUUGUUUACUUUUUACUGUUCAGAGCAAGUAAAUAUAUGAAAAUGUUGUAUUUAAAAUAA